AGGAAUUAAGCCACAUGACUGAAAUCACCUGACUGAAUCUGAUCUGCGACGUCCUUUAGCAGUUCUGUCAGUUGAGGAAGGAAAGCAAGACGCUGGAUUUAAUUCUGCUGUUCCUACUGUACACCAGAACUUGAACAAAAUGGAUAUAAGGGGAGCUGUAGAUGCAGCUGUUCCAACAAAUAUCAUUGCAGCUAAGGCAGCAGAAGUUCGAGGAAAUAAAGUAAAUUGGCAGUCAUAUCUUCAAGGACAGAUGAUUUCUGCAGAAGACUGUGAGUUCAUUAAAAAAUUUGAAAUAGCCCGUUCAGAAGAAAAACAAGCAAUCCUCAGCAAUGAAGGUCAUCAGGAGAAUCAUCAACGAGUCAACAUCUUUUUUGACUAUGCAAAAAGAACCAAGAAUAGUGCAUGGUCUUAUUUUCUGCCAAUGCUUAAUCGCCAGGAUCUCUUCACUGUACACAUGGCUGCAAGAAUUAUUGCAAAACUGGCUACUUGGGGAAAAGAACUUAUGGAAGGAAGUGAUCUGAACUAUUAUUUUAACUGGAUUAAAACUCAACUGAGCUCUCAGAAAUUGCGUGCUGGUGGUCCUGAAACCGGAACAGUGUCUCCAAGUGAUAGUUUCCAGUAUGUACAGUGUGUUGCUGGCUGCCUUCAGCUGAUGCUGAGGGUGAAUGAGUAUCGUUUUGCCUGGGUAGAGGCUGACGGCGUAAACUGCAUAAUGAGUGUUCUGCACAAUAAAUGUGGCUUCCAACUACAGUAUCAGAUGAUCUUCUGUAUAUGGCUAUUGGCAUUCAGUCCUCAGAUGUGCGAAUACUUGCGUCGUUACAACAUUGUUCCUGCAUUAUCUGAUAUACUUCAAGAAUCUGUGAAGGAAAAAGUGACAAGAAUCAUACUUGAGGCAUUUAGGAAUCUUUUGGAAAAAUCUACUGAAAGGGAAACUCGCCAAGAAUAUGCUCUUGCUAUGAUCCAGUGUAAAGUCCUAAAACAACUGGAGAACUUAGAGCAGCAAAAGUAUGAUGAUGAAGAUAUAGUUGAUGACAUUAAGUUCCUUUUGGAAAAGCUGGGUGAGAGUGUCCAGGACUUAAGUUCAUUUGAUGAAUACAGUUCCGAGCUGAAAUCAGGACGAUUAGAAUGGAGUCCAGUCCACAAGUCCGAGAAAUUUUGGAGGGAGAAUGCAACGAGGCUGAAUGAAAAGAACUAUGAACUCUUAAAGAUCCUAACUAAGCUUCUGGAAGUGUCCGAUGACCCGCAAGUUUUGGCUGUAGCUGCUCAUGAUGUUGGAGAAUAUGUGCGGCACUAUCCUCGAGGGAAACGGGUCAUUGAGCAGUUGGGUGGAAAACAGCUUGUGAUGAACCACAUGCAUCAUGAAGACCAGCUAGUUCGAUACAAUGCUCUGCUAGCCGUACAGAAGCUGAUGGUUCACAACUGGGAAUAUCUUGGAAAGCAGCUACAAUCUGAGCAGCCGCAAGCACCCAAUGCCAGAAGCUAAAUGUAUUUCUCCACAUCAUUAUUUUUUGUUCAUCUUUUCAAUGACAUUCCAAAAGCAAGUCUUAGUAGUAAUAUGCAUACAGAUAUUCUGUUUGUAUUUUGCAAAUAGUACAGUGCUUUUGUUCAUUAUGUUUUGUGAUGUAAACUAUUUUGCUUUUUGGGCUUUUAACUUACUAAGUUGUACAGUUGUAAAUCUGAAAACCUUUCAAAUUAACUUAUCAGUGAUAAUUUAGUAACUCAGAAGAUGCAGUUGUAUUUUUUUUAAUGUUAUGAGCAUAGCAGUCACUCCAUUGCAUUUCCCUCUGUUGAGAAAUUGACAUGAAUAUUGUGUUUUUUGCAUGCUUUGUGCAUUUAAAAAAUAUGAGUGUUUUCCCAGUGUUACAAGUGAUAUGAGCAGUGGUCCUAUUAUUACCUUGCAUCUUAUUCUCAGACCAUAAAUUGUGUGAGAGAAAAACAUGUGACCAGCAUAUCAGACUGUGUCUGAAUGAAAUUGCUAGUAUUGUAGCCUUUCAAAUAAAUGCAAAUUUGUAAAUUCA